CAAUAUUCCUCCCCUCCCUCCGCCUCUCCCUCUUCUCCCCAAUCUGUAAUGAAGAGGGAGGAGAGGAAUAUUGAUGAGCAGGGCGACGCUGCGGUCAGCGGCACUGAUGUCAGAGUGCCAGUUAGAAACUCAUUAGCAUAUACCCAAAAUAGAAUAUUACGGCAGAAUGGCGCGGCGGAUUCCGGCACGUGCUGGCAAAAUGGCAAAGAGAAUCGCAGACAAGGAGCUGACAGAUCGCAACUGGGAUCAAGAGGAAGAGUCUGAGGAUGCUGGGACGUUCUCUGUUGCCAGUCAAGAUGUUUUGAAGUGCAGAGAAAUUAAGAAGGCAAAAAGGAGAAAUCCAGGAAGUGAAACUGAGGGCAGUGGCGCUUUUAAAGGAUUUAAAGGUUUAUUCUCAGCAUCUGGAGCAAGUUUUGGUGGAUUUGGAAGCGACUCUGCUGCAAAACCUUUUCCAAGUCUGACCAACGGAAGCCGCACAACAUCAUUGUUCACCUCCAAGCCUGCGGGGGAAAACAAACAGUCUUUUGGAUCUCUCUUUACAAACGGUCCUACGUCUACAGCCACUGAUGGAACUUCUAGCACUGCAAAAACCAACGGAGAGAAGCCUUCACCUACCUCUAGUUCUGGUCCAAAUAAGUCUGUUGGCUCCACCGAAUACAACAAACAGUUAACGUCCCUAAACUGUUCCGUUCGUGACUGGAUUGUGAAACACGUGAACGCCAAUCCACUGUGUGAUCUAACGCCUAUCUUUAAAGACUAUGAAAAAUAUUUAGCCACCAUAGAGCAGAAAUAUGGAGUGAAUACAGACAGCGGAUCUGAGAGUGACAGCUCCAAGGGCACUCCAACCAUUCCAUCGUUUCUCUCUGCAAAAGUGGAGACCAAACCAACUUUUUCUUUUACUUGCAAAGAGAGUAAAUCUGAACCUCCAGCUCAGUCCUCUCCAGAAAAAAAGUCUUCUCAGCCGGCUUCCCUGUUCUCAUUCGGUCAAAAGACAGAUACUAGUAGUUUUGGUUCAUUCGGCUCAGGGACAGCAGCGGGGUUCUCUUUCUCAGCAGGAACUGCCGGUCUGUUUGGUAAAGAUACAAGUAAGAGCAAUAUCGGAACAACUUCAUUUUCUGUUCAGUCGGUGCCAACUAAACAGAGUGAAGAUUCAGGUGGAGGUGCUGCUGAUGAGGAAGCAGAAGAGCCACCAAAAGUAGUUGUUCAAGAAAUAAAAGAAGAUGAUGCCUUCUAUUCCAAAAAGUGUAAACUGUUCUACAAAAAAGAUAAUGAAUUUAAGGAGAAAGGUGUCGGCACCCUUCAUUUGAAGACUUUAGGCGAUCAAAAGACUCAGCUGCUGGUCCGUGCUGAUACCAACCUUGGCAACAUCUUGUUGAACAUUUUGGUUCAGCCCUCUAUGCCAUGUUCACGGACAGGGAAGAACAAUGUCAUGAUUGUGUGCGUCCCUAACCCUCCUGUCGACGAGAAGAACCCGACUGUUCCCGCCACCAUGCUCGUCCGGGUGAAAACCACAGAGGACGCCGACGAGCUGCACAAACUUCUUUUGGAGAAAAAGGGGGCCUAACACCCAAAUGCCUUCAAAGGAUUCUUCUCUUUGCCAAGAUGCUGCUCAUUUAUUGAACUUAAGGGUUGCCAUUCGUCUAGUAAAGAUCAAUUGACCCCCGUUAUCUUCUCACUGCAGAAAGAUUGUUUUCGUAAGUUUUUCUUUUUUGUUUUUGUUUUUUUUUCGGGAAAGAUUCGGAUGGUAAUAAAGCUUUAAGGAAAACAGUGUUUUAUGUACGAUGUCAAAAAGGAAUGCCUGCUGUCAAUGUGAAUGGCUCGUGUAUCACAGUCAAAGCCUUAGUUGGUCCUCCCACAAAAAACUUUGGGAGAUAAAUGGGAAAAACCCAAGUGUAGUGUGAGCAGUAAGAACUUAAUCUGUUCUUCUGCCCCACUUUUGUGCUCUUUGCGCUCCUUUUUAUUUUUUUAUUUUUUUUUGACAAAAUGUUUCCCCCCCCCCCUUUUGUGUGGUUAGUUAACGUUUCUUCUGUAUAAUAUCCAGUAAUGUUUAUUUUAAUGUGUUCUUCUGAAGUGAAGCAUCUUCAGAACAGCACAAAUGUCUUAAAGGAGUGUUUACAUCUUGGAAUAUUGCUGCAUAUCACUAGGCCAGUGUUUCCCCAACCAGGGUGCCUCCAGCUGUUGCAAAACAAUGGGAGUUGUAGUUUUGCACCAGCUGGAGGCACCCUGGUUGGGGAAACGCUGCACUAGGAAGCCAUACUAUCACUUUAUGAACAAUGAGAUCUAACCUCUAAGAUUCCCACCUAUACUAAAAAUGCAGGGGACACAGCACUGGUUAAGGGUGUUUUUAUAUUUAUACUUUUUUUUUUUUUAGCACAGCUGCUGUACUCAGGUUGUGUAUGGUAUUGCAGAUCAGUUCUAUUGAAGCAAAUGGAAUAGAGUUGUAAUACUGCACACAUCCUAAGGACCGGUGUGGCAGUGUUUUUAGGAAAAAACUCCUUUUAAGGGUUGGUUCACACAUGCCACAUUUUUCUUCAAAUUUUCCUACUCAUUGAAGUCAAUGGGUAGCAAACUCAGCUGCAGAAAAUACACAGCAAAAUAUGAUAUGCAUAACUCUACCCUAAGCAUGUAUUUUCCUACCCAUUGAAGUCAAUGGGAGCAAAAAACGCAGCUGAUUUUACUUCCUAAUUGACUUCAGUGGGAAAGAAAAUAUGCAGCAGCAGAUACUCAGCAAAAUACGGCAUGUGAGAAUGUACCCUAAUGGUGCGUUCACACGUACAGUAUCCUGCGCAGGAUUUUAUGCUGCAGAUUUCAAUGUAAAUCAAAUGACUGAACACAGCUUCAAAUCCUGCCCAUCAAACCUGCGCAGGAUACUGUGCGUGUGAAUAGACCCUAAGGGUCCGUUCACACGAGCAGAUUUUUGUGUGGAUUUUCCGCAGCUGAUCUACUGCUCUUUUUAUUCUCAGCUGCUUAUUUUUUACUGCUUAUUUUAUCAUUUGACUGAUCAGCUAAAAAUUAGCAGCAUAAAACAAAGCUGCAGAAAAAAAGCAGCUCAAAAUCCGCAGUACAAUACACACUAGAAUAUGCAUUCAAAUCCGUUCAUGUGAACGAGCCCUAAGGGUACGUUUACGCUGCAGAUCUGCUGCUGAAGGACCCCUUCAUGGUGGCUUUACAUGUGCCUGCUCGGAGCGGAAAUACACCGCUACGAGAAGACACACUAUGUGUGAGUCGCAACGCGCAUGCGCAGUAUAGUCGCACAUCACAGCUACUCUCUGCCUAGCUUAUGGAACAGGGGGAGUGGUCGUGUUGUGUGCGAGUACACCACGCAUGCACGGCGACUCGCACAGCGCUUCAGUGUGUCUGCUCAGAGCAGGCACAUGUAAAGCCACCAUGCAGCGGUCGUUCAGCGGCGGAUCUGCAGUGUAAAAUAUGCUGUGGGUCCGCUCGUGUGAGCGUACCUUAAAGGUGUAUUCAAAUCCGCUGCUCAUUUAAAAUUGUAAUAUCUGCACCUGCAGAUCCGGUGUGUGAUUACACACCCACAGGGGGUUAUGCACAUCUGAACGUAGCCUAAGAGUAGGGUCACACUUACAGAAUUUGCUGUGUAUUUUCUGCUGAUUAUUGUUUGUUUUUUUUUUAACCCUUUGAACUCAAGGAUUAGAAAAAUUGGCAGCAAAAUACGCUUCGGAUGUUGUACGUGUGACCCUUCCCUAAGGCCAUGUUCACACGGCGGAAUUCCACCGAAAUAUUCAGCUUGAAAAUUCCACUGUAGCAGAGUCCCAUUCCGCUGUGGAAAAUCUUAUUUUUGCCAAAACAUUGCAUCUGUUCAAUGUUUUUUGCAGAUUCCGUUAGGACAGGGGUCUCAAACUGGUGGCCCUCCAGAUGUGGAAAAACGUCAACUCCCAGCAUGCCUGGACGUGCCCAGACUAAUAGCUGUCGGGAAUGCUGCAAUUUAAAGUUUUGCAACAUCUGGAGGGCCACCAAUUUGAGACCCCUAGGCUAGGAAAUGCGUUGCCGUCUAUAGAGACGACUUGUUUCCGCCUGUGGGUUCCGGAGGAACAUUCCACACAUUUUACGCUGUGUGAACAUGGAAUGCCUUUUGCUGUUUUUCCCGCACAGUGCCGCCCAAUCACCUGGCUGUGCUAGGAACUGCAGCUGGGCCCAUUCAAGCGACAUGGUGCUUAAGAAGGUACAUGGUGCUAAACCGAUGAUGCAUUUUCCUGUUUAUUAAAGGGUGUUUAAGAAAUCGGGCCGUCCACAUUCAUAUAGUGAUACCGUAUCCUAGCAAUACCCAAUCCUUUUAUAUGCUGGGGGUACCCCUGAAUUUGUCUGUGUUCAUACCGGCCAGACUGUCAGUGCUUGAUCAAUCUUCCCAAUACACUUAGCCAUAUAACCAGCCAGAGCUGGAAAUUUCCAAGGAACGAGAACUUCAGAAAUGGCACUUAUGACGUCAUUAUGUUGACUCUGGUUUUCCAGAAUGGAAAUGUAUAACAAAUUAAAGUUUAGUAUUGUUAUUUAAAGAGGUACUCGUCUAUAAAACUUUUAUUUUAUUUUUUUCAAUCAACUGGUGUCAGAAAGUUAAACAAAGUUGUACUUCUAUUAAAAAAUCUUAAUCCUUCCAGUACUUAUCAGCUCUGUAUACUACAAAUUAGGGAUCGACUGAUUAUCGCUUUGGCCGAUAUUCACGAUUUUCUAAGUUAUCGGUAUCUGCAAUUACCUUGCUGAUAAUGCGGGAACUUUAAAUCAGUGAACUGCAGCAGGUUCAGAGGCCACCACCGCCGCCCGAUUGCCUCCCCCUUCCUAUCCUCUGGCCAGAGACCUCCGCCGCUGCCCCAUUGCCUCCCCCAUCCCCGGUUUUAUAAUUACCUGUUCCCGGGGUCCGCGCUACUUCUGGCUACUGUAGCGUCCUGCGCUGUUGCUGUGCAAAGACGAGUGACGUCCUCAACGCGACAUCAGUCAGUGGCCCGGCGCACAGUGACCGCUAAGGACGCCGCCGGAGCCAGAAGUAACGUGGACCCCAGGAACAGGUAAUUAUAAAACUGGGGAGGCAA